AUGAAGUAUGCGCAACUUGUAAUGGGCCCUGCCGGCAGUGGAAAAUCAACCUACUGCUCGGUGAUGCACAAUCACUGUCUGAGCGCCGGAAGAACGUUGCGAAUGGUGAAUUUGGAUCCGGCGUGCGAGGUUUUCAAUUAUCCGGCAGUUGUUGACGUUCGCGACUUGAUCAGUGUAAACGAUGUUCAGGAGGAUGAGGAGUUGAUUUUGGGACCGAAUGGAGCAUUGGUCUUCUGUAUGGAAUAUCUAGUCCAAAACCUGGAAUGGCUUCACGAUGAGCUCGACGAGGGAGAAGACGACUACUUUGUGAUCGAUUGUCCUGGACAAAUCGAAUUGUACAGUCAUCUGCCAGUCAUGCGUCAAAUUGUCGAUGCUUUGAAAUCUUGGGACUUCAACGUGUGCUCUGUCUUCCUAAUCGACACAAAUUUCGUUCUGGAAGCCGAGAAAUUCAUCUCAGGCGCUCUGACAGCCCUCUCCGCAAUGGUGGCUAUCGAGACGCCGGCGAUCAAUGUGUUGACAAAGAUGGAUUUAUUAUCAGAGAGAAAUAAGCAGCUGGUUGACGAAUUCCUCGAAACAGACACCCGUUCGAUUGUAGAUCAAGACGAGACUGCGUGGAAUGAGAAGCAUCGAAAAUUGACACGAGCGAUUGCUCAGGUGCUCGAAGACUAUUCGAUUGUCAAGUUUGUUCCGUUGAAUUGUGAGGAUGAGGAGAGUAUCGAUCAGUUGUUGCUCACUAUCGACACUACUAUUCAAUAUGGAGAAGAUCUCGAAGUCAAGGAUCACUACCCGGAGGAAGUCGAUCCGGAGGAAUAA